UAUUUAUAGUAUUUUAUUUCAAUUUUUAUCGAUAUCAUAUUUAUAAUUAUUAGACUAUGAGCUUUCGCAUCGUAAUAUGUUUGUGUCUCUAUUUAAGCACGGGUAUUUUGGGGAAAAAAGCAAGGAUUAUUGGUGGAACGCCAGAUAUAAUAAAUAACUUUCCUUAUUUGGUAUCAAUUAGAAAUGUUACAACUAAUCAUCUCAUUUGCGGCGGUAGUAUUAUUAGUCACUGGAACAUUCUCACUGCAGCGCAUUGUUUAUACAUGUCACGAAAUUCAUUAAAUGAACUGAGAAUUUUCUCGGGUACACGUAGUUCAACUUAUCUCUACGGCGAUAAUUAUGCAAUUGACUACAUACACAUUCAUCCCGAAUAUAAUUUCUUUUAUCCGGAGAAGUUACUGGUUAAUGAUAUUGCAAUUAUUAAGGGGGAAGACUUCAGAUGA